AUGCAUCGGACGACCUCCCGAACCGCGGAUGGUCGGCCCAUGUCCAGCGGCAAUGGGUUACCUCAAAGCCCAACGGUAGCAGCAUCGGUCGGGCUCGGCAGCACAGAUAGACCUCUUUCACCUGGCUUCUUUCCUGACGGCGGCAGCAUGGGCUCUCUAAAUCCCAUCGCAACCUCUCAACCCUUCGACGACGAUAAGCCCAAGGUCUACCUCGAACUAAAAGAUGGCCAGAUUUUCGAGGGUCUUAGCUUCGGUGCUGAGAAAAGUACCUCCGGAGAACUUGUUUUCCAGACUGGAAUGGUCGGUUACCCGGAAUCUGUCACAGAUCCGUCCUACCGAGGACAGAUUUUGGUCAUGACUUUCCCCCUUGUGGGCAACUAUGGGGUGCCGUCACGUGAGACCCUCGACGAGUUACUGGGUGACCUCCCGAAGCAUUUUGAGUCGAAUCAAAUCCACAUCGCUGGUCUAGUCGUUGCUUCAUAUGCCGGUGAAGCCUACUCUCAUUACCUCGCUACUUCUUCCCUCGGCACCUGGCUGAAAGAGCAAGGUGUCCCAGCAAUUUGUGGGGUCGACACUCGAGCACUCACCAAAAUCAUUCGAGAAGAAGGCAGCAUGUUGGGCCGCAUGCUGAUCACAAGACCUUCUCCGAAGACGAAACUCACCAACGGUGUCAGAGCAAAUGCCUUGCCCAACGGAGACAUACCCAUGGGCCCUGCCAGCUGGCGCGAGGACGUGGAAGAAGUUCAAUGGCACGAUCAAAACCAGCGGAAUCUUGUGGCAGAAGUCUCGGUCAAACAACCGCGGGUGAUUUCCCCACCGAAUGACACAGCCCUCACGCAUCCCUCUGGCCGACCUAUUAGGGUCGUGGUGGUGGAUGUUGGCCUCAAGUACAACCAGCUUCGCUGUCUACUGUCCCGUGGUGUCGAGGUCCUCGUGGUGCCAUGGGAUUACGACUUUCCGAAACUUGCCGGAAAAGACUAUGAUGGCUUGUUCAUCUCUAAUGGUCCAGGUGAUCCAGCAAUGCUGUCGACCACAAUCAAGCAUAUCUCCGAAGCCAUGGCAGAAGCAAGGACACCCAUUUUCGGCAUCUGUCUGGGUCAUCAACUACUUGCUCGUGCUGCUGGGGCCAGCACCCUAAAGAUGAAGUUUGGCAACCGUGGACACAACAUUCCAUGCACUAAUCUAUUGUCUGGCCGAUGCUACAUCACUUCUCAGAACCACGGUUUCGCUGUCGACUCGGCUACCUUACCAGAAGGAUGGCAGGAGUUGUUUGUAAAUGCAAACGAUGGCAGCAAUGAAGGGAUUAGGCAUGUGUCGAAACCUUACUUCAGUGUCCAAUUUCAUCCUGAGUCUACUCCUGGGCCCCGAGACACCGAGUUCUUGUUCGAUGUCUUCAUCAAUGCUAUCAUGAAGAGUGUCGAAUCUGCCGAAGCUUUGCAGCACCCUGUCAGCUUCCCAGGUGGCACAAUCGAAGAAAACGAAAGAGCACACCCAAGGGUCAAGGUGAAGAAGGUUCUGGUACUAGGAAGUGGAGGUCUUAGUAUUGGCCAGGCUGGAGAAUUCGACUACUCUGGUAGUCAGGCGAUCAAAGCCCUGAAGCAGGAAGGCAUCUACACCAUUCUCAUCAACCCAAACAUUGCAACGAUACAGACAUCCAAGGGGCUGGCGGAUAAAGUCUACUUUCUGCCUGUCAACGCAGAUUUCGUCCGCAAAGUAAUCAAGCAUGAACGUCCGGACGGUAUUUACUGCACUUUUGGUGGUCAGACUGCCUUACAAGUCGGUAUUCAGUUGAAGGAUGAGUUCGAAGCUCUAGGAGUCCAAGUUUUGGGAACUCCGAUUGAGACCAUCAUCACAACUGAAGAUCGUGAGCUAUUCGCUCGAAGCAUGGAAUCCAUUGGGGAGAAGUGCGCCAAGUCAGCCUCCGCUUCAAGUCUCGAGGAAGCGAUGCACGUUGUUAAAGACAUUGGCUUCCCAGUGAUCGUCAGAGCAGCAUACGCCCUGGGUGGCUUGGGCAGUGGUUUCGCCGAGGACCCAGACCAGCUUCGCGAGCUUUGCACAAAAGCCUUUGCUGCAAGCCCUCAAGUACUCAUUGAGAGGAGUAUGAAAGGCUGGAAAGAGAUUGAAUACGAAGUCGUCCGAGAUGCCCGGGACAACUGUAUAACAGUCUGCAACAUGGAAAACUUCGAUCCCCUUGGUAUCCACACCGGCGAUUCCAUUGUGGUCGCGCCCUCUCAAACUUUGUCCGACGAGGAUUACAACAUGCUGCGUACGACAGCUGUCAAUGUGAUCCGCCAUCUAGGCGUAGUGGGAGAAUGCAACAUCCAAUAUGCGCUGAAUCCAUUCUCGAAAGAAUACUGCAUUAUCGAAGUCAAUGCCAGAUUGUCUCGGUCAUCGGCCCUUGCUUCGAAAGCAACAGGGUACCCAUUGGCUUUUAUUGCUGCAAAGCUGGGGUUGGGUAUACCCUUAAAUGAGAUUUCCAACACAGUCACAAAGAAGACCAGUGCUUGCUUUGAACCCUCGCUUGACUAUGUUGUCGUCAAAAUUCCGAGAUGGGAUCUCAAGAAAUUCACCAGAGUCUCAACACAGCUUGGGUCCUCGAUGAAGAGUGUCGGCGAAGUGAUGGCUAUAGGCAGAACUUUCGAGGAGGCCAUUCAGAAAGCCAUCCGUUCCGUCGAUUUCCACAAUCUUGGCUUCUCAGAUAUCUCCAAUCCCUUGAUGUCUGUCGACGAUGAAUUGCAGACACCCUCGGACCAGAGGAUGUUCGCCAUUGCCAACGCGAUGCAUGCCGGCUAUACGGUCGACAAGAUCUGGGAAAUGACCAAGAUCGACAAAUGGUUCCUGUCAAGACUCAAGGGGCUGAGCGAUUUUGCCAAAUCAAUUUCCAACUAUAGCCUGACAUCUGUACCUCCGUCUCUGAUCCGACAAGCCAAACAGCUCGGCUUCUCGGAUCGCCAGCUUGCUCGAUACUGGAACUCAAACGAGCUAGCUGUUAGACUCUUGAGGACUGAAGCGGGAAUUCAUCCGUUCGUGAAGCAGAUUGACACUGUCGCAGCUGAAUUCCCUGCCUACACGAACUAUCUCUACCUGACUUACAACGGGUCGGAGAGCGACAUCUCAUUCAAUGAUCAUGGUAUAAUGGUUCUUGGAUCUGGUGUCUAUCGCAUUGGCUCUUCGGUCGAGUUCGACUGGUGCUCCGUAAGGACCAUUCGCACAUUACGGCAACAAGGCUUCAAAACUGUCAUGGUCAAUUACAACCCGGAGACCGUGAGUACCGAUUAUGAUGAGGCAGACAGGCUCUAUUUCGAGAACAUCAACCUUGAAACCGUUCUGGAUAUCUAUCAACUCGAAUCAUCAAAGGGCGUGAUCAUUUCUAUGGGAGGGCAAACCCCUAACAACAUUGCCCUUCCUCUACACCGGUUGAACGUCAAAAUCUUAGGUACAUCGCCGGAGAUGAUCGACACGGCAGAGAACAGAUACAAGUUCUCUCGUAUGCUGGACCGUAUCGACGUUGAUCAGCCGACAUGGAAAGAACUGACAAGCAUUGAUGAUGCACUGGAGUUCUGCCAAAAGGUCCAAUAUCCUGUCUUGGUGCGACCGUCCUAUGUGUUGUCCGGGGCUGCAAUGAACACUGUAUACUCAAAGGAUGAUCUCGCCAGCUAUCUCAACCAAGCAGUGGAAGUCUCGAGGGACCAUCCUGUCGUGAUCACAAAGUACAUUGAAAAUGCCAAGGAGAUUGAGAUGGAUGCUGUCGCAAGGGACGGAGUCAUGAUCGGACACUUCAUUUCCGAGCACGUGGAGAAUGCCGGGGUGCACUCUGGUGAUGCGACGCUGAUAUGCCCUCCGCAAGACCUGUCGCCAGAAACCAUUGCGCGGAUCGAAGAAGCCACACGGAAGAUUGGGAAUGCUCUCAACAUUACAGGCCCAUUCAACAUCCAGUUCAUUGCCAAGGACAACGAGAUCAAAGUCAUCGAAUGCAAUGUUCGUGCCUCCAGGUCCUUCCCGUUCGUCUCCAAGGUUAUGGGCGUCGACUUGAUCGAAAUGGCCACAAAAGUCAUCGUCAGCAAACCGGUCACCCCAUACCCACCUGUCACUAUUCCUGCGGACUAUGUCGGCGUCAAGGCACCCCAGUUUUCUUUCUCUCGCUUGUCUGGCGCCGACCCCGUUUUGGGAGUUGAGAUGGCCUCGACUGGCGAAGUGGCUUGCUUUGGACGUGAUCGGUGGGAAGCUUACAUCAAGGCGACCAUCUCAACAGGCUUCAAACUUCCGGAAAAGAAUGUUCUUCUCUCUAUUGGAUCAUUCAAGGACAAAAUGGAAAUGCUUCCUUCGGUUCAGAAGCUGCACCAGCUGGGCUACAAUCUAUUUGCAACAUCUGGUACUGCAGAUUUCUUAGAAGAACAUGGCAUCAAAGUGAAAUAUCUGGAAGUGCUCGGAAGCGAUGAAAAGGACCAGAAAUCCGAGUAUUCACUCACCCAGCAUUUGGCAAACAACAAGAUUGACUUAUACAUCAACCUUCCGUCAAGCAAUAGGUUCAGAAGACCCGCCAACUACAUGAGCAAAGGAUACCGGACAAGGCGAAUGGCAGUUGACUAUCAGACUCCAUUGAUCACAAACGUCAAGAUUGCAAAGAUUCUGAUCGAAGCCCUUGCCAGACACUACGAUCUGAAGAUCAGCAGCAUCGACUUUCAGACAAGCCAUCGGACCGUGGUUCUCCCAGGCCUGAUCAAUGUUGCCGCCUUUGUUCCUGGUCUGGCUCAUAAAGGAUCACAUGACCUCUCCUCGGUCACCAGAGCAUCCGUUGCGGCUGGCUUUAGCAUGAUUCGCAUCAUGCCUGUGGGAAUCGACAGCGCUGUGACUGAUGCAAGGUCGCUCAAAGUCGCACAGUACAAUGCACAAAACGGAGCCUACUGCGACUUCAACUACUCUGUUGCAGCGACCGACACCAACUCGGAGCAGAUCAACCACGUCAAGGCCGAGGUUGGAUCUCUCUUCAUACCUUUCAACCAUCUUGCAUCCGGCAACAUCAAUAAGGUUGCCACUGUCACUGCACACUUCGGAACGUGGCCUUCGUACAAACCGAUCGUGACCGAUGCGAAGACCACGGACUUGGCCUCCAUUCUGCUACUUGCCAGUUUGCACGAUAGAAAAGUCCAUGUCACGAACGUCACAUCCAAGGAUGACAUUAGUCUCAUCGCCCUAUCAAAGGAAAAGGGCUUGAAGGUGACUUGUGAUGUGUCGGUGUACAGUCUCUUUUUAUCGCAAGCUGAUUAUCCCGCUUGUUCUGCUUUGCCGUCAGCCGCAGACCAAAAAGCUCUGUGGGACCACCUGCCGACAAUCGAUGUCUUCUCCAUUGGCAGUCUUCCAUAUCAGCUCGCGGGUGACAAGGCCGGUCCCACGGUGGGCAUUGCGGACGCACUUCCUCUGCUAUUGACGGCUGUUACAGAAGGGAAAAUGACCAUUGAUGAUAUUACUAGCAGACUUCACGACAACCCCAAGUCCAUCUUCGAGCUACAUGAACAAGCCGAUACUUCAGUGGAGAUCGACAUGGAUCGGCCUUACGCGCUGCAGACCGGUUCAGUUUGGUCGCCGUUUGCUGGAAGAACAUUCCGAGCUGCCGUGUCACGGGUUGUGUUCCAGGGCAAGACUGUCUGCCUCGACGGUGAGGUUUUGAUCGAUAGCCCCCAAGGCGCCGACAUGUCAUCGCAUUUAAUACAGCCAAACUCGCCCGUUGACGGACCGACUUCCCCAAUCAUGCGUGCUCAGCCUGAGGGUCCUGCCGAUAGACGGCCUUCGCUCCUCGACACUUCGUCAUACAGACGGAGUUCAAUCGCCUCUCGAAGUCGACCUAUAGCCCGUCCUCGAAACAUGGAUGAAGUGCUCGACACCAGUGGUCCGCUCCUGCCAACCUCGGCGUUCCAGCAACCACAGCCUCCCUCCACUGUUUCCCCAUCACUCCUGUCUCUUUUGGCAUCUUCGCCUUUCAAGAACCGUCAUGUCAUCUCCGUCGAUCAGUACACUCGACAAGAUCUACAUGUUCUGUUCACAGUUGCUCAAGAGAUGCGACUCGGCGUGCAGAGGCAGGGGAUCUUGCCAAUCCUCUCAUCUAAGGUGCUCUGCACAAUGUUCUAUGAGCCGAGCACUCGCACUUCGUCUUCUUUUGACGCAGCCAUGCAACGGUUGGGUGGACGUACUAUCGUCAUCAAUACCGACCAUUCGAGCACACAGAAAGGCGAGACACUGCAGGAUAGCAUCCGAACGCUUGCAUGUUACGGAGACGCAGUGGUGCUUCGUCAUCCAGAUGAGGAGUCCGUCAAUAUCGCGGCCAAGUUUUCGCCGGUACCUAUCCUCAACGGUGGCAAUGGCAGCAGAGAACACCCCACACAGGCCUUCUUGGAUCUGUUCACCAUUCGAGAGGAGCUGGGUACAGUGACCGGCCUCACGGUCACCUUCACUGGUGACCUUAGAUAUGGACGCACAGUCCACUCUCUCGCCAAGUUGCUCCAAUAUUACGAGGUCCGAAUUAACCUGGUAUCUCCCAAGGCCUUGGCUCUGCCCAAGGAAGUCAGGGAUCUGAUCGUGGCAUCCGGUCAGCUUGUGACCGAAUCUGAGACUCUGACCCCAGAAAUCGUUGCUAAAAGCGACGUGCUAUAUUGCACUCGAGUCCAAAAGGAACGAUUCCCAAGCCUCGAAGAGUACGACCGGCUGAAGGACAGCCUGAUCGUGGACAAUAGCGUCAUGAAAUACGCCAAACCGGGCAUGAUCGUCAUGCACCCUCUGCCGCGCAACCGGGAGAUCAGCGAGGAGGUCGAUUUUGAUCAACGAGCGGCAUACUUCCGGCAGAUGAGGUAUGGUCUCUACACCAGAAUGGCGCUUCUGGCCUUGGUGCUUGCACCAUAG